AUGUCAACUAAUUAGCAGAGGUCAACCUCAAAUGGCUAGCCUGAUCAAAACUAUAAUUAGUAAGCCUCUCUCUCAAAUGGCUUCAACGUUAUCAAGCAAAAUCACUCUGAUUAAUUUCAUUCUUAAAACAGCCAGACUCUCAAUCCCUAGAUCAACCCUUAGAGUAUUGCUAUUGCGCCACAGCUAAAUUUAUCGAACACAAUAAACUCAAAGCGACAAAUAAAUAAUAAGAAACUGCACCAGGCACUAAUAUUUGAUGCUUCUCUGUAGGCCAUGCUUAAUAAAAAUAGCAACGACCAGUCUUUUUAUCAGCAGUAAGCUAUGAGGUAUUUCCCAUAGCUGGUAGAGUCUAGGUAGUUUGUGUCCAAGGUUAUCAAUCAACGACGAUAGAGCAGAUAUAAUAUCAACUCGGAACACCCUAAUCCUUCCAUUCCAACGUAAAUCUAUGAAACUGGCGGAGUAUCUUCAAAUCAAAGUCAAUUGUCAACCACAGGGAACAUGAUUGUACAUAAAGCUACCUUCAUUAACACUAAUUCCUGCAAAAGGCAGUAACUCGAUCCAAGCAUGCUCUCCAGUAUAAAUUAAAAGGUACAAUCACUGUUAGAUAAAAACUAACCUCAUCCACUCAUAACCUAAGGUCCUGGGAGCUUACCAAUUUCCCAUAGUACUCAUCAGCCCUAGAGUCAGCCUUAAAAAUCAGGGAAGCAACUACUUGACUCGAUUUCCCAAGACAACAGAGUAUCAUAAAUUAAUACAUAGAUUUAGCAAUAGCAGUAUAGAGUGCCGAUGCCUAUAAAUCUAGAUAAAAUUUCUUCAGAUGAAUAUAAGCUUUAAUAAGAAAACUCGUUUAUGAUGUUGAACCAGAUGAGUAAUGCUAAUUUCAAUGACCACAAUAAAAGCCACUCAAAGGCUAAAAAGAGUCAUACUAGCAAAAAGAAAAUCAAGAAACAGCUAGAUCAAAGUAAAACAUCGAAGAUACCCUAUGCUCAGUCUACAGUUAUCCCAGAGCAAGUUUAUAUAUCAAAGUAGCCUCAUGUAUCAAGAUCUCAUGCUAAUCAGCAAUCGCGUAACUCCCAUAGAAAAAAGCUCAUCUUUGACAAUGUUUCUCCAAAAGAUAAUAAUGUGUCAAUUAACAAUCAUGACAUAGCACUUAUCAAUGAGCGCAAGAAGAGCUAGAUCUUACCAAUCGAAAGAAGAUCACUUCAGCUAAGUUCAUAUACUAAGAAACGAGGCAUUGGAGCAAAUCAAAAUAGUAAUGGUGUAGACCCUAAUUUAAUCAUUCAUAGAAAUGCUUCAAGAAAUACUAUAUAGUCCUCUCAAUUGAGAUAAAGAUCAACAGAAAAUUAGUCAAACUUUAUUAAAAGCACAGCUUUGAAAGUGAAUGAACACCUUAAGCAGUAGUAAUAAGACCUUAAAUAGACAUACUAUGAAUUGCAAAAGCAGAUAGGUGCUUCUUAAUAUUUAAAUAAGAAUAUGCCUAAUCUUGUGUAUCAGAGAAUAUCUAAAGAAACAGGAGGAGAUCAGAUAGAGCCAAUAUAACAAAAUGAGCACUCCUUAUCAUUUUCACAUGCACCAACUAUUGGGCAAAGAAGUCAUAAUUUUAGUUUAAAGAGUGGUAGGAAAAAGAUGAGCUCCAAUGACACAUCUGAAAUACUUAAGAACUCAUUGAUAGUAAAAAGUGAAUAGCCCUAUUAAUAAAACUAAGGGAAGUUUCUAAAAGUUACAACUACUCAAAGAGGCCUUUAAAAUUAAUCAGGACUCAAAGUUGAGAUCAAGCCUUAGAUUUAAAGAAAUAAUGUGAACCAAAAAUAGAUGAAGUAAGCUGAGAGAGUACUUGAGAUGGUAAAACAGUCAUCAACAAUUGUAAAUACUCUUGAUAAUCUUGACACACAUCUCAUAUUUAAAAAACAGAAGUCAACUCAUCAAAGAGGUAGUGUUGCUAUAAAGGCCAAAGAGUCUUUGAAUCAACUACAUUCUAACAAUGUUUCUCAACUUAAGUCUAUGAAAGACGACAACUUGAAGAUUGAGGACUUCGAGAUACUAGAAACUCUAGGCAGUGGUAACUUUGGCGAAGUAAAAUUAGUUAAGAAGCUUGACAAUAAAAAGUUAUAUGCUCUCAAGAUAAUGAGGAAGGAUGAGAUCAUGCGAAGUAAACAGAUAGAGCACAUAAAGAGAGAAAAAGACAUACUAAUGCAAGUUAUCUCUCCAUUUAUAGUCAGAAUGCAUGCGAGUUUUCAAGAUGACAUCAAUCUGUACAUUAUAAUGGAGUAUUUGCAAGGUGGCGAGUUACUCACUCAAAUCAGAAGUAUGAAUAUUAUAACCUCCGCAUCACAGGAGACUUUGUUAUUUUACCUGGCGGAAGUUAUAUCAGCUCUAGAUUAUCUGCACAAUGAUAUGAAUGUGGUUUACAGAGAUUUGAAGCCAGAAAAUAUAAUGAUAGCAAAGGACGGCCAUAUUAAAUUAAUAGAUUUUGGAUUUGCUAAGUAAUUCUAGCCUGCUGGGAGUGAGCAACUUAGAACGCAAACGAAUUGUGGGACACCAGCCUAUAUAUCUCCUGAGGUAAUCAUGGGGAUAGGGCAUGGAUUUGAAGCUGAUAUUUGGGCAUUAGGUGUUCUUAUUUGUGAAUUAGUUAAUGGAGUGACACCAUUCCAUGAUAGUGACACUUAGGCUAUAUAUGAAAAGAUCUUGGCAUGCUAGCCAACAUAUGGUGCUUUAAUGGAUGUUUGGACAAAAGAUCUGCUGUCGAAGAUAUUCGUAGUUGAUCCUAACCUUAGAAUAACUCUGGAUGACAUCAAGUCUCAUAAAUUUUUCAGAGUAAGCUUUAAUCCCUUCUUAAUUUUUGGAUAGUCAAUAAACUGGACCAAAGUUAAGAACAAGGAACUCACUCCUCCAUUUCUGCCAAAACUUUAAAAUGACUUAGAUCUCUAGUAUUUUUCAAAGAGUCAAAAGAAAAAGUAGCAAAUUGGUUCUCCUUAAAAGGUGGCUUUUUUCGAUCGCUCCUACACUGACUCUUCCUCCCCAUCUCCAGAGAACAAAAGAACUAAAAUGAAGCCACUGGGUGAUUUCAGAAUGGCCAAGAUCAACAAUGUUUUUGAAGAUUUUUCCACAAGUUUCAUUAGCUAUAACAAUAAUUGA